AUGAUGCCGAAGGCUUCAAUCAUCGAGUUCAUCUUCUUCUGCGUGGCCUCGCUCGCCACGCUUCUUGUUCUUGGAUUCGUCGCCUGCAAGUCGCACCAGGGCCCUGAAUGGACCACGUUCCGCGCCUUCCUGGCCACGACUGCCUUCCUGGGUCACGGGAUCCUCGCCGGACUGCACUGCGCCUUCUUCGGCAAGCAGUGGCCGAGGAGGUUUGGGCAGUUGAUGGCAAUGGAACUGAUCCUGACCGCCUUGGUAGCGGUGAUUUUUGGUUGGAAUAACGCCCGCUCCCCGUUGAUCACGACCGUCGGCCCCGUGGUUUGCAUGCUGAUGAGUUUCGGCAUCUUCAAUGCUCUUCUGAUGCUCGGCGCCUCCCCGCUGGCCUGGAAGUUGUUGAGCAAGAACGAUCAGGUCGUGCUGUCGGAGGCCGGAACCGUCGAGGAGCAGAAGCUGCCGCUGGAGGUUGGCGACGAUGACGUCGAUUGCCGCGUCUACCCUAAGUAC